AGAUGGCUUGGCUGUUUAAGAUUAGGGCUGGGGGCGUUAGGGAACCUAGAGGGAUGUGUGGCAAUUUACAGUGGGCUUUGUAUAUUAAAGAGCGGAAGUGGAGGAGCUUAAAAUGAUGUUUUACCUUGUGGAAAGUGGACAGGUGAAGCCCUUGGGAAUAAUAGUUGCGAGCACUUCUUGCAGUGCUUUUUUUGUGUGCCAAAACGAUCCCUAAAUGCAUGACACAUAUUAAUCCUUACAAUCUCCCCACAAGGCAAGUACUGUUAUUACCUCCCAUUUUCACAGGUGAGGAAACAGCACAGAGCGGUCAAGUAACUUGCCCAAGAUCACAGAAAGUGAUAGGAUUUGAACCAUGUUGCCUGGUUCCAGAUUCCUCAUUCUUAAUCUCUAUGAUGCUAAGAGAGGGAGCCCUUGUUAGUAUGGAAAUGAGCAGAGCUCGAGAUGCCUGAGGCAACAGGGAAAGAAGAAAAAUAUUCAUCGUGUAGCAAGGCAUUAAAGUCUCACAGUAACUCUGAAGGAUCUUUUCGGAAUGAUGGUUUGAAAGCUUCUGAUGUCCUCCCCAUCCUAAAGGAAAAAGUGGCCUUCGUGUCUGGGGGCCGUGAUAAGCGAGGUGGACCCAUUCUGACCUUCCCUGCUCGCAGCAAUCAUGACAGAAUAAGACAGGAAGACCUGCGGAAACUCGUGACCUAUUUGGCCAGUGUGCCAAGUGAGGACGUGUGCAAACGUGGCUUCACCGUCAUCAUCGACAUGCGGGGCUCCAAGUGGGACCUCAUCAAGCCCCUCCUCAAGACGCUACAGGAAGCCUUUCCAGCUGAGAUCCAUGUGGCCCUCAUCAUCAAACCCGACAACUUCUGGCAGAAACAGAAGACCAACUUUGGCAGCUCCAAAUUCAUCUUUGAGACAAGCAUGGUGUCCGUGGAGGGCCUCACAAAGCUGGUGGACCCCUCCCAGCUGACCGAGGAGUUUGAUGGCUCCCUGGACUACAACCACGAAGAGUGGAUCGAGCUACGGCUCUCCCUGGAGGAGUUCUUCAACAGUGCUGUGCACCUGCUGUCACGCCUCGAGGACCUACAGGAGAUGCUGGCCCGGAAGGAGUUCCCCGUGGACGUGGAAGGCUCACGGCGGCUCAUCGACGAGCACACGCAGCUCAAGAAGAAGGUGCUGAAGGCCCCUGUGGAGGAGCUGGACCGGGAGGGGCAGCGGCUGCUGCAGUGUAUCCGCUGCAGUGACGGCUUCUCAGGGCGCAACUGCAUCCCGGGCAGCGCUGACUUCCAGAGCCUGGUGCCCAAGAUCACCAGCCUCCUGGACAAGCUGCACUCCACCCGGCAGCACCUGCACCAGAUGUGGCAUGUGCGCAAGCUCAAAUUGGACCAGUGCUUCCAGCUACGGCUUUUUGAGCAGGAUGCCGAGAAGAUGUUCGACUGGAUAAGCCACAACAAGGAGUUAUUCCUCCAGAGCCAUACGGAGAUCGGCGUGAGCUACCAGCAUGCUCUAGACCUCCAGACACAGCACAAUCACUUUGCCAUGAACUCCAUGAAUGCUUAUGUCAAUAUCAACCGCAUCAUGUCCGUGGCUUCCCGCCUCUCUGAGGCCGGCCAUUAUGCCUCACAGCAAAUCAAGCAGAUUUCCACACAGCUGGACCAGGAGUGGAAGAGCUUCGCUGCUGCUCUGGAUGAACGCAGCACCAUCCUUGCCAUGUCUGCGGUAUUCCACCAGAAGGCUGAGCAGUUCCUGUCGGGAGUGGACGCCUGGUGCAAGAUGUGCAGUGAGGGUGGCCUGCCAUCCGAGAUGCAGGACCUGGAGCUGGCAAUCCACCAUCAUCAGUCCUUGUAUGAGCAGGUGACCCAGGCCUACACGGAGGUCAGCCAAGAUGGCAAAGCACUGCUGGAUGUGCUGCAGCGUCCCCUGAGUCCUGGGAACUCUGAGUCCCUCACGGCCACUGCCAACUACUCCAAGGCGGUGCACCAGGUGCUGGACGUGGUGCACGAGGUGCUGCACCACCAGCGGCGGCUCGAGAGCAUCUGGCAGCACCGCAAGGUGCGGCUCCACCAGCGGCUGCAGCUCUGUGUAUUCCAGCAAGACGUGCAACAGGUGUUGGAUUGGAUUGAAAACCAUGGUGAGGCCUUUCUCAGCAAACACACCGGGGUUGGGAAGUCCCUGCAUCGAGCCCGGGCCCUGCAGAAGAGGCAUGAUGACUUUGAAGAGGUGGCUCAGAAUACCUACACCAACGCGGACAAGCUCCUAGAGGCUGCAGAGCAGCUGGCUCAGACGGGGGAAUGUGACCCCGAGGAGAUCUACAAGGCAGCUCGACACCUGGAGGUGCGCAUCCAGGACUUUGUGCGCAGGGUGGAACAGCGGAAGCUUCUCCUGGACAUGUCUGUCUCCUUCCACACGCACACCAAAGAGUUGUGGACAUGGAUGGAAGACCUUCAGAAGGAGAUGCUGGAGGACGUCUGUGCAGACUCAGUGGAUGCGGUCCAGGAACUGAUCAAGCAGUUCCAGCAGCAGCAGACUGCCACUCUGGACGCCACGCUCAAUGUCAUCAAGGAAGGCGAAGACCUUAUCCAGCAGCUCAGGUCAGCGCCUCCCUCCCUGGGGGAGCCCAGCGAGGCCAGGGACUCGGCUGUGUCCAACAACAAGACACCCCACAGCAGCUCCAUCAGCCACAUUGAGUCAGUCCUUCAGCAGCUGGAUGAUGCCCAGGUACAGAUGGAGGAGCUGUUCCACGAGCGGAAGAUCAAGCUAGACAUCUUCCUGCAGCUGCGCAUCUUCGAGCAAUAUACCAUUGAGGUGACAGCAGAGCUAGACGCCUGGAAUGAAGACUUGCUCCGGCAGAUGAAUGACUUCAAUACAGAGGAUCUGACGCUCGCGGAGCAGCGGCUGCAACGCCACACGGAGCGGAAGCUGGCCAUGAACAACAUGACCUUCGAGGUCAUCCAGCAGGGUCAGGAUCUGCACCAGUACAUCAUGGAGGUCCAGGCCUCAGGAAUUGAGUUAAUCUGUGAGAAAGACAUCGAUCUGGCAGCCCAGGUACAAGAGCUACUGGAGUUUCUCCAUGAGAAGCAGCACGAACUGGAGCUCAACGCGGAGCAGACCCAUAAGCGGUUAGAGCAGUGCCUCCAGCUGCGGCACCUGCAGGCCGAGGUCAAACAGGUGCUGGGAUGGAUCCGCAAUGGGGAGUCAAUGCUCAAUGCCAGCCUGGUCAAUGCCAGCUCUUUGUCUGAAGCAGAGCAGCUGCAGAGGGAACACGAGCAGUUCCAACUGGCAAUCGAGAAGACGCACCAGAGCGCCCUGCAGGUACAGCAGAAAGCUGAGGCUCUGCUCCAGGCCGGCCACUAUGAUGCCGAUGCCAUCCGGGAAUGUGCCGAGAAGGUGGCUCUCCACUGGCAGCAGCUCAUGCUGAAGAUGGAAGACCGGCUAAAACUAGUCAAUGCCUCUGUGGCAUUUUAUAAAACUUCUGAACAGGUCUGUAGUGUCCUGGAGAGUUUAGAGCAAGAAUACCGGAGAGAUGAGGACUGGUGUGGUGGACGAGACAAACUGGGACCAGCAGCAGAGAUGGACCAUGUCAUCCCACUCAUCAGUAAACAUUUGGAACAAAAGGAGGCCUUUCUUAAGGCCUGUACCUUGGCGCGGCGGAACGCUGAAGUGUUUCUCAAGUACAUCCACAGGAACAACGUCAGCAUGCCCAGUGCCGCCAGCCACACGCGGGGACCUGAGCAGCAAGUGAAAGCCAUCUUGAGUGAGCUCUUACAGAGGGAGAAUCGUGUCCUGCACUUCUGGACCUUGAAGAAGCGACGGUUAGACCAGUGCCAGCAAUAUGUGGUGUUUGAGCGCAGUGCUAAGCAGGCGCUGGACUGGAUCCAAGAAACAGGUGAAUAUUACCUCUCAACACAUACCUCCCCCGGAGAGACCACAGAGGAGACUCAGGAACUGCUGAAAGAGUAUGGGGAAUUCAGGGUGCCCGCCAAGCAAACAAAGGAGAAGGUGAAGCUUCUGAUUCAACUGGCCGAUAGCUUUGUGGAAAAAGGCCACAUUCAUGCCACAGAGAUCAGGAAAUGGGUGACCACAGUGGACAAGCAUUACAGAGACUUCUCCUUGAGGAUGGGAAAGUACCGGUACUCCCUGGAGAAAGCCCUCGGCGUCAACACAGAGGACAAUAAGGACUUGGAGCUGGACAUCAUCCCAGCAAGCCUUUCAGAUCGUGAGGUCAAGCUACGGGAUGCCAACCACGAAGUCAAUGAAGAGAAGCGGAAGUCAGCCCGGAAGAAAGAAUUCAUUAUGGCUGAAUUACUGCAGACAGAGAAGGCGUAUGUAAGGGACUUACAUGAGUGCUUAGAGACCUACCUGUGGGAAAUGACCAGUGGCGUGGAGGAGAUCCCCCCUGGGAUCCUUAAUAAAGAGCAUAUCAUCUUUGGCAACAUCCAGGAGAUCUACGAUUUUCAUAACAACAUCUUCCUCAAAGAGCUGGAGAAGUAUGAGCAGCUGCCUGAGGAUGUGGGACACUGCUUUGUUACCUGGGCAGACAAAUUUCAGAUGUACGUCACCUACUGUAAAAACAAGCCUGAUUCCAACCAGCUGAUCCUGGAGCAUGCAGGCACCUUCUUUGAUGAGAUACAGCAGCGGCACGGUCUGGCCAACUCCAUCUCUUCCUACCUAAUCAAGCCCGUCCAGAGGAUCACCAAGUACCAGCUGCUCCUGAAGGAACUUUUAACUUGCUGCGAAGAAGGGAAGGGAGAGCUCAAGGAUGGCCUGGAGGUGAUGCUCAGUGUCCCAAAGAAAGCCAAUGAUGCCAUGCAUGUCAGCAUGCUGGAAGGGUUCGACGAGAACCUGGAUGUGCAGGGGGAGCUGAUUCUCCAGGAUGCCUUUCAAGUGUGGGACCCAAAGUCACUGAUCCGGAAGGGGCGAGAGCGGCACUUGUUCCUCUUUGAGAUCUCCUUGGUUUUUAGCAAGGAGAUCAAAGACUCUUCAGGACACACGAAAUAUGUUUACAAGAACAAGCUACUGACCUCAGAGCUGGGUGUGACGGAGCACGUAGAAGGUGAUCCCUGCAAAUUCGCCUUGUGGUCUGGGCGCACCCCUUCCUCAGACAAUAAAACAGUGCUGAAAGCCUCCAACAUAGAAACCAAGCAGGAGUGGAUCAAGAACAUUCGAGAGGUGAUUCAAGAGAGGAUCAUUCACCUGAAAGGAGCUUUAAAGGAGCCAAUUCAACUCCCCAAAACACCAGCCAAACAAAGGAACAAUAGUAAGAGGGAUGGAGUGGAGGAUGUUGACAGCCAGGGGGAUGGAAGCAGCCAGCCAGACACCAUCUCUAUCGCCUCUAGGACCUCUCAGAAUACAGUGGACAGUGACAAGCUCUCUGGCGGAUGUGAGUUGACCGUGGUCCUCCAGGACUUCAAUGCAGGCCACAGCAGCGAGCUGACCAUCCAGGUGGGACAGACGGUGGAGCUGCUGGAGCGGCCCAGCGAGCGGCCGGGCUGGUGUCUGGUCCGCACCACGGAAAGGAGCCCCCCGCAGGAGGGCCUGGUUCCCAGCAGCGCCCUGUGCAUCUCCCAUUCCCGAAGCAGCGUGGAGAUGGACUGCUUCUUCCCCCUGGUGAAAGACACAGCUCGCCGGUCCUUUGAAGUGUCCACUGGAGAAACUCGUGGUACCGGGAAGAGAUGGGUGAAACUCAGGAAUGUGGUUCUGUUUGAAGUCUAACCAAAGGGAAACUGGGACCCAAAGGGGCUAGAAGUGUGAGGGUGAAUGAUGCAAUAUACACAAAAAACUUAGAACAGUGCCUGGCACGCAAUGCGUGGUAGUUGUCAUGAUAAGUGAUAGUUAUUCCAUUAUUUGCCAUCGAUUCUUC